AUGUUAGAGGCCGAGCGUGCCACGAGAUACGACGAUUUCCCUUUCCACCGCCGCGCCAUGCUCCGUCUGCGAAGCUGCAUCCUCACCCGUAUCCUCUCUCCCCCCUCCUCCGCGACUCCCACCUCACCUCUCCACCGACUGCUCUCAGCGGCAGCGGCCGACCCAAGCCCCGCGUUCGCCGUCGAGCAGUACCUCGUCGACAUCUGCGGCCUCACCAAACCCCAAGCCCUCAAGGCCUCCGCGAAGCUCUCCCACCUCAAGUGCCCCUCCAAGCCCGAUGCCGUGCUCGCCUUCCUCGCCGGCAUCGGCCUCUCCAGUGCCGACAUCGCCGCCGCCGUCGCAGGGGACCCGCAGUUGCUCUGCGCCGACGUGGACAAGACCCUGGCCCCCGUCGUCGCCGGGCUCACCGGCCACGGCCUCUCGCGCACCGAGGUCGCGCGCCUCGUCUCGCUCGGCCGCACCAUCUUCCGCUGCAGAUCCAUCGUCUCCAACCUCCCAUACUACCUAUCGCUCUUCGGAUCCUACGAGAACCUCCAACAAUUACUCAAGCAGCGCCCCGAACUCCUCGGAUGCAGCCUGGAGAAGGUGGUCAAGCCCAACGUCGCGUUCCUGCGGGAGUGCGGGUUAGGAGACUGCAUCCUCUCGACGCCGCGCAUACUUUCCACCAACCCAGAGCGCCUCCCUGCAAUGGUGGCGUGCGCCCAAGGCCUCGGCGUACCCCGUGGAUCUCCGAUGUUCAGGCACGUGCUAUACGCCGUGGCAAUUAUCGGCGAGGAUAAAGUCACUGCCAAGGUGGAUUACUUGAAGAGAACUUUCAGGUGGUCCGAUGCUGAGGUGGGUGCUGUUGCUUGUAAGACUCCGCAGCUGCUGUCGAGGUCCAAGGACACGCUGCGGCGCUUGUCCGACUUCUUUAUCUCCGAGCUGGGUUGGGAACCUGCGGACAUUGCUCAUCGGUCAGUAGCGCUCACGUAUAGCCUGGAGAGCCGCCUCAAGCCCCGGUACUACGCGGUAAAGUUUCUCAAGAAAAAUGGAUUCGUCAAGUGCUUCCCGAGCUACUAUACAAUUUUCAAGAGGACCGACAAGGUAUUUGUGGAGAGGUACAUAUGCCCUCACAAGGAAGCUGCUCCCAACCUAUAUGAAGACUAUGUUGCCGCUUGCAAAGGGGAAGUAUCCACUAGAUUCUUAUCUGCUUGAACUAAGACCCUGACAUGGAAAUGUGGAACUUUUUGUGGCACUACAAAGUUUUCACUCCUUGGAGUAAUCUGGAGAGAAGAAAUCAUUGCCUGCAACGAUGUGAAAAAAAUACAUCAUAUACAUAUUUAUGUCUCUCACUUUUAUGUAAGAAUCAUGGAGAUAACAUGUGUGGGUGGACCAAUUUUCUAUCAAAACCAGGAAGCAUUAAUCAGAAAGCGAAAGAACUGCGCCGUUUUCCACUAAAAUAUCAGUAUGGUCUCCUUUCAUACCCAAUGUUGU